GAUGUCUCGGCUACCUUAUGCUCCCAAACUCGGAACCAGGAAUACCCUUACUCUCACUGAUAUCCCUAGAGCUGGCAAUCCGUCAGGCUGAUGAAAAUUACCAGGCUUUUGUGCAAUACAAAAAAAACAGCACUCGGAAGGGAUUGAGUGAUUCUUUUGGAAACUGUGUAACGUUUUACCAAGAUAUGAAGGACAAACUCCAAGCAGAUCAUCAGUUGUCACAGCAGAGGCAGUUUGAGAAGAUCACUAACCUGGGUGGAUUGACUACUCUUGCUUACAACUGUGAGAACGGGCUGCCUUUUAGCCCCCCAACAGCUUCCAUCACUGAGGAUAUGCUUCUUACCCUCCAGACUGCAAGUUAUGUCAAUGAAUAUGUUCAAUCAACUCCAGUGCCCAAUGUUUAAUCUACUGUUUUUUAAGGUUUUAAAAAUGAAUCCUGGGUUUGUUUCUUGUCGAUAUAAUAAAGUUUGCUUUUGUUAGCUACUUAUGUUCAAAUCUGAUGCCUCUAAGUUUCUAACAGAAAGAUGCACCAUUGCCAUAUGACUAAGAAAACUUGAAGCAACUAGUAGGAAGUCAGACCGAAAUGUGCUAUAUAAAUUGACUCUGAUGUA